CUGGGGUUUAUUCAUUCCGCCAAACAAAACGUUAAGAUGCUAAGAUUUUGCUCAACCAGUGUUUCUAUUGGAUACAUUCAGUGAGGUCCCUCCCUAUAACGUUCUUUUUGACGAAUUGGGGAAGGACUGGUCUGAAUAAGUCCAAUAGAAACCCUACCUGAAAAUACUUUCUGCAACUAAAACGUGUUUGGUCGAAUGAAACCAGCUCUACAGCGAUAGCAGGGAACGCCGAAGUUUGUUUUGGAAUGUCUGUGUCAGUGAAGUAUUAUUGAGUACGGUAAAGGGAUGGGGCUGUUAUCAGAACAAAGCCAUUUCUUUAGUUUUUUCCUUUUUAUAAUUUUGGCUGCAGGACAUUAUAAAUGGGUACAAGCCCAGCAUUGUGUGUGGUACGGUGAGUGUGGGGAGUCAGCGAAGGUCCCUGGAAAGAAGUACAACUGCAACUAUACCGGGCCACCCAAACCACUCCCAGCAGGGGGCCAUGAACUGCUUGUGGAGCUUUGUCCAGGCUAUGAUUAUGGGGACCGGAGUCUCUGCUGUGAUGUCCAGCAGCUCCAGACUCUUAAAGGGAGCCUUCAGUUGCCUCUACAGUUUCUCUCUCGGUGCCCAGCCUGUUUCUUCAACCUGAUGAACUUAUUCUGUGAGCUCACCUGCAGCCCUCACCAGAGUGCCUUCAUGAACGGCACCAAAUUUACUUUAUUUAAUGACACCGCCCAAAACACAACCAACGUGGUGGAAGUGGAGUACUACAUAGGAAAGACAUUUGCUAAUGCUAUGUACAAUGCUUGUCAAGAUGUCCAGGCCCCCUCCAGUAACGUGAAGGCCCUGUCACUGCUCUGCGGCAAGGAUGCCAAUGACUGCAAUGCCACCAACUGGAUUGAGUACAUGUUUGACAUCGAGAACGGACAGAGUCCCUUUCCCAUCAUUCCUAUUUUCUCAGAUGUGCCGGUGUCAGGCAUGACGCCCAUGAACAACAAGACCUACAAAUGUACUGAGGGUCUUGAGGAUGGCUCUGGGUCGUGCUCCUGCCAGGACUGCAGCCCGGCCUGCGGCCCCCAGCCCGUCCCUCCACCCCUGACGCCACCAUGGACCAUCCUUGGAAUUGACGCCAUGGCGGUCAUCAUGUGGAUCGCCUAUGUGGUAUUCCUCCUGAUCUUCAUCGGAGCUGUAAUCGGAGCCUGGUGUUACAGAAAAAGGAGAAUUGAGUCGGAGUAUGGUCCAAUAUUAGACAGCAAUAACCCUCACAAUUUGAACAGUGACAACAUUGACCAAGUGGAUGCAUCAUGUGGUGAGAUGCUGGGCGAGCGUUUUGAGAGCAUGCUGCGCUCCGUCUUCACCGUAUGGGGUUCUUUCUGCGUGCAGCAGCCCCUCUUGGUUAUCCUGGGCAGCCUUGUCAUAGUGGGCUGCUGCUCUUCGGGCCUGUUCUACAUGAAGAUCACCACAGACCCUGUGGCGCUGUGGUCAUCUCCCAGCAGCCAGGCAAGACAGGAGAAGGAUUACUUUGACAGCCACUUUGGACCCUUCUUCAGGUCAGAGCAGCUCAUUAUCACCACCACCCUGAAGUCGGAGUCCAUCUACUCCCCAUAUCCCGUUGGCGCUGAUGUGCCCUUCGGAGCCCCCCUGGACAAGGAAGUUCUCCAUCAGGUGUUGGAUCUCCAAACGGACAUAGAAAACAUAGUGGCAUCAUACGAGAAUGAGACGGUGACCCUGAAGGACAUCUGCUUAUCCCCACUGGCCCCCUACAAUGACCACUGUACCAUCCUUAGUGUUCUCAACUACUUCCAGAACAGCCAUGAACAGCUGGACCGUACCAAAGGAGAUGAGUUCUAUGUCUGGGCAGACUACCACACACACUUCCUGUACUGUGUCAAUGCUCCAGCAUCCCUCAACGACACCAGUCCGCUCCAUGAUCCCUGCCUGGGCACCUUUGGAGGCCCAAUCUUCCCCUGGCUGGUCCUGGGAGGCUAUGAUGGCACCAACUACAACAAUGCAACAGCUCUAGUGAUCACAUUCCCUGUAAAUAACUUUCAUAACGACACUGCCAAGCUGGGGAAAGCUCUAGCCUGGGAGAUCGAAUUCAUCAGUUUCCUGAAGAACUUCAGCAACCCCAACUUGACGAUCGCCUUCAACUCUGAGAGGAGCAUUGAGGAUGAGAUCAACCGUGAGAGUGAAAGUGACAUCAGCACCGUGGUGAUCAGCUACGCCAUAAUGUUUGUCUACAUCUCCUUGGCAUUGGGACAUAUCCAUAGCUGCAAGAGAGUUCUGGUGGACUCUAAGGUCUCCCUGGGCAUAGCUGGCAUACUGAUCGUGCUGAGCUCUGUUGCCUGUUCUCUGGGGAUCUUCAGCUACGCUGGUGUACCGCUCACCCUUAUUGUCAUCGAGGUCAUACCUUUCCUGGUGCUGGCCGUGGGCGUGGACAACAUCUUCAUCAUUGUGCAAACAUACCAGAGGGAUGAGCGGAUGCCUCAAGAGGAGCUCCAUCAGCAGAUAGGCCGUAUCCUCGGAGAUGUGGCUCCUAGCAUGUUCCUCUCCUCCUUCUCUGAGACGGUGGCUUUCUUCCUGGGGGCCCUGUCCACAAUGCCGGCGGUUCGGACCUUCUCGUUAUUUGCAGGGCUGGCUGUGUUGAUUGACUUCCUACUGCAGAUCAGCUGCUUCAUCAGCCUGCUCGGCUUGGAUGCCAGGAGGCAGGAGGGAAAUCGUCUGGACAUCUUGUGCUGUGUGAAACUGCCAGAGGGCCAGGAAGAACGGACUGAUGGCUUCCUUUUCCGCUUUUUUAAGAAGAUCUAUGCCCCUUUCCUCCUAAAGGAGUGGGUCAGACCCAUUGUGGUGGCAGUGUUUGUGGCAAUGUUGUCCUUCAGUAUUGCUGUCACUAAUAAAGUACAGAUUGGACUGGACCAGCAGCUUUCAAUGCCUGAUGACUCGUAUGUGCUGCAGUACUUUAAGAACCUGAGUGAGUACCUCCACACGGGUCCUCCAGUCUACUUCGUGGUGAAGGACGGCCAUGACUACCUGAGUUUGGAGGGUCAGAAUUCUGUGUGUGGAGGGGUGGGCUGCAACAACGACUCUCUGGUGCAACAGGUCUACACAGCAUCUCUCCUCAGUAACUAUACUACUAUAGGCUUUAACCCGUCGUCGUGGCUGGAUGACUACUUUGACUGGGUGAAACCUCAGUCCACCUGCUGUAGAUAUUACAACUCCUCCGGGGCCUUCUGCAAUGCCUCAGUCGUGGACACGUCAUGUGUGCACUGCCGCCCCCUUACCCCCAGUGGAAAGAGAAGGCCUACAGGAAAUGACUUCAUGAAGUUCCUACCCAUGUUCCUGUCAGACAACCCCAAUGUCAAUUGUGGGAAAGGUGGUCAUGCAGCCUACGGUUCAGCAGUGGACCUGACGGGGAAUGAAACGUCUGUGGGGGCGACCUACUUCAUGACAUACCACACUAUACUCAAGGACUCUCCUGACUUCAUAGAUGCCUUGAAGAUGGCCCGUGUCCUGGCUGGCAAUAUCACAAACACCAUGGGACACACAGUAUUCCCCUACAGUGUGUUCUAUGUGUUCUACGAGCAGUACCUGACCAUCGUCUACGAUACAGUCUUUCAGCUGGUUGUGUCACUGGUGGCCAUCUUUGUGGUGACCACUGUGCUGCUGGGCUUUGAGCUGUGGUCUGGAGUGCUGGUCAGCAUAACCAUCGCCAUGAUCCUGGUCAACAUGUUUGGUGUAAUGUGGCUGUGGGGCAUUAGCCUCAACGCUGUUUCCCUGGUCAACCUUGUCAUGAGCUGUGGUAUCUCUGUGGAGUUCUGCAGUCACAUAAUGAGGGCCUUCUCUAUCAGUGUGAAGAGUACCAGGGUGGAAAGGGCCGAGGAGGCUCUCGCCCACAUGGGCAGCUCAGUGUUCAGUGGGAUCACGCUGACUAAGUUUGGAGGCAUUCUGAUUCUGGCUCUGUCCAAGUCCCAGAUCUUCCAGAUUUUCUACUUCCGCAUGUACCUAGCCAUGGUUCUGCUGGGGGCCACUCACGGACUGAUGUUCCUCCCUGUGCUGCUCAGCUACGCAGGUCCUUCGUUAAACAAAGCCAAAGUGUUUGCUGCCAACAAGCGUUACGCCGGCACAGAAAGGGAGCGCCUCCUCAACUUCUAAAGGCUCUGUGAGAAACUCAGGACAAUAAUAUGAACUAACUAAUCAGUCUGCCUGGCCUGGUCUAGAAGAGAGACAGCAGUUACUAUGUCGGAGCUGUGGUUACUAUUAUUGGUGGCAUAAUACUCACUAACCAACCAGUCAUCUCAGGAAUAAGUCUGGUGUGUCUGUCAUGGCCUUUUGAAACACCACCUCCUUGUUGGACCUCGGACACGUUAUUUCAUUCUCAAGGGCAAUUCUGGCUUGUUUUAAUUAGGGCAUACAAUAACAAAAUGUUUUACACCGGAAAAUCUAACAAAAUUGCAUUUUGGCUUCCCAAGUAGUUUUGGUCUGUUUUCUUCCAUGUGGUGUGCCUAGUGACCAAUUUAUUUGAUAAUUAGAGGUAGGUAGGUAAUAUAAAUAAUAGAAUUAUACUGUUCCCUUUCAAUACCGGAAAUCAGUAGUGUGAAACAUCAACCCACACAACAGUCUAGUUUCCUAAAUGAACCUCAUAGUUCAUUGUUAUGAUUUUAUUCUUUAUUUACUCUUGGGGAUCUCAAAAGGGUAGCAGUGGUUCUCAAACCUGCCACUGUAUAUAUAUAUUUUUUCUUUUCUAUUGGGAUUAGUAACCUAGAACAUAUUAAGAGAAGGAAAUAUGCAGGAGUUGUUCUCUAAGAAUGGCACUUUUGUACAAAAUUUUACAAAAAAACAAAAAAAUAUUUAAUAUGAAGAAUCAUGGAUGUAUGCUUACUGUACCGAUUAAACUGUAAUGUAACUAAUAAAUGAAAUGAAAAUAAUGUUUAACUAUAAAAUGAAGAGUAACCUAGUUGGAUUGUUUUGGAGUUCUAAAACUUUCACAUACAGGAAAAUAAUUACUAUAAUUUUGCAAUUAUAUUUAUUUGGUUUCACUGUUACUGAACUUAACCACUUGAAUUGAGGAAACUUUAUUAAUGUUACAAAAAGAAUGGUUCUGAGAGUAUGUACAAUCAUGUCAAAAAUGACUUACUUUGAUAAAGACUUGAAAGAAAUUACUAUAAAACAGAAUAUAGCUUGGUAUUUGUAUUAUGAUUAAACAAUUGGAUAAUUAUAUCAAUUCAUAAUACAGUUGCAUAAAGAGACAUUUGGUUAAACAAAUCUUUGGUCAAAAAAAAUAAAAUGGGGUCAAAACUAUUGCUUGACAGUAUGUACUUUGAAUUAUUCCAGAUUCUUGAUAUGCUUUGUCUGUUUUUAAAUGGGGUUUGAAUUUUAAAACUGAGAUGACCAUUUCAAAAUGUUGAUCGUGUGGUCAGUUAACCAUUAAAAUGGAUUUAGAUGUGUCUGGCUUUGUCUUGCUUAAAGAUCCACUUGUUGCCAAGAUCAGCCUCCUGGCAGAAGCAAACAGGUUGUUGGAUAAAAUGUUCUGGUAAGAUAGAAAGACCAAUACAUAUGGAACAAACUAGAAAAACCUACCUAUGGUAAAACAUGGUAGUGGAGUUUUGCAGUUAUAAAAAAAAAAAAUUCGGCCAGUUCUGUUGCCCUUUAGAGGUAAUAAAUUAAUUUCAUAUUCUCAGAGGCUGAAACUUGAUAUUCUAGCAAGACAAAAAACAAUUUUUUCUGAACUGCAAAGUCAAUAUUAUGUGAUGGCUGUUUGUACCUAAACCCCAUUUCAAAAUCUGAGAUUUGAAUUAAAAAGGGAAGCCAGGCUUGAAGAUAUACUAGAUGAGGCAGGAUUAACAAAUGUAGCUAAUUACUAUAUUAUACACUUCUAUUUAUUGUGGACCUUACUGUAUUACUUGUGUAUUCCUAACUUCACAAAGCAACUAAGAUUGCUGAUCUAGGAUCAGGGCUGUUAUGUCCAUAUAAUAAUGACUGAAAAAGCAAAUCUCCUUGAAUAGUGAAUAUGGACCUUAACCUGUAUCUUCUGAGAUAUUCAAGGAAUUCCAAUAGUUGCAUUGCUUUUGUAACAUUAUGCUCUCUUUUUGGAAUUGAUGUUUUUGUUAAUGGUUCUGGGCAGUUGCCAUUUGUCCGUUGUACCUGAGAAUGUAAGUUUGAACCUAGGUAUUAAAGUAAUAGCAAAUCGACUAUGGGGCAAACAAGGGCUCUAGGUGUUUCUAGAAGACUGACAUGCUUGUCGACAAUGCUGUGCAUUGACAUUGAAAUCAAGCACAACGUUGUAAUAAUGUUGGGAUAUGGAAACCAAAUCUUCACUGAAAGUCCUAAUAUGCAAAUAAAGUGUGUGGACUCUGUUUUAACAGA